UGGUGCAAUGUUUUUUCUGACUCUGGUGUUUGAUGAUGUCAUGUUGCUCACGAGUAGAAGGCUGAGCUUUUUUUACAGUCAUAGGGCUGAGUAGGUGAGGGGAGUGCAAACUACAACUUUGGAAAAGAUUCAGGAAAUACAUUUCUAAUCAUACAGGGUGGAAACAUUUUCACCUAUUGGAUUUAUUGCUUGAGGAAUUUAUUUCUGUACAAUGGGGGAUUUACAUCAAGGUGUCUACAUCGUCUUUGUAGAAAGGCAACACUUUUUCCAGCCAUGGAACUCCACAGAAGAUAAGGGACAGUUCUUGUGAAAGUCCCGUUGAUGUCAGAUCUAGGAAACUACUGGUUUGGSGUAACUAGGAUUAACUGGUUGCUGGACAGUUCCAUUGGCGAUACCACAAGGCGAUGCCACCCCAGGACGACGGAGAUUAUAAACCUGUAGCGGUGUCGGCGGCGGUCCCACCGGUUCCUCCUCCGAGGGUUCGGAGCAGAGAGUCGUUUUCGGGCUCCAAGUGUCGGCCCGGUGGCGGAGAGCGCAAAGUGAAGUGUGUGCUUGUCGGUGACGGCGCAGUUGGGAAGACGAGCUUGAUUGUCAGCUACACCACAAAUGGAUAUCCAACUAAAUAUGUCCCAACUGCCUUUGAUAAUUUUUCAGCGGUCGUGGCAGUUGAUGGCAAGCCAGUGAAACUGCAGCUUUGUGACACAGCUGGACAGGAUGAGUUUGACAAGCUGCGUCCGCUCUGCUACACCAACGCAGACAUCUUCCUGCUGUGCUUCAGUGUCGUCAGCCCCUCCUCCUUCCAGAACGUAACAGAGAAAUGGGUGCCAGAGAUUCGCCGGCACUGCCCGCAGGCACCGGUGGUUCUGGUGGGCACCCAGUCAGACCUGCGGGAGGAUGUUAAUGUUCUGAUUGAGCUGGCCAAGUACAAAGAGAGGCCUGUGGUGCCCCAGGAGGCCCAGCAGUGUGCCGAGGACAUGAGGGCCGUGUCAUACAUGGAGUGCUCAUCACUCACCCAGAAGAAUCUCAAAGAGGUGUUUGACGCAGCCAUCGUGGCCAGCAUCCAGCACUCUGACAGUCAGCAGCAGCAGCAUCAACUGACAAAACGGACUCCAGACAAGAUGAAGAAGCUUUCUAAGUCAUGGUGGAAGAAGUACUGUUGCGUGGUUUAGCCUCUAUCUGUGUGUGUGUGACAGGACGGACGCAUAGGUUCCAAUUUUGCUUCCAUGUCAGCACGUUAACAGACUUCAGGGMCAGUAAGGAAAACAGUGACUGGAAUAUGGACGAAGGUCUGGUCUGAAGUAUCUGAGUUAUGUGUAGGUUAGGCCUCAAUGACCCCAUGCUAUUUUUGCUUUACCAACGUGAGCUGCACUGGAGACAGAGCUGACUUCCCUCAAAGACUACUCAUUGACUUUCCACUGCCUUAUAUCCAUGAUCCUAGGGGGGGGACAGCUUCUACAUGGACUACUGUGGAAGAUGAAGCCCUCUUGAUAACCAGGAGGGCUUAUGUUGUUAUAUCAUUGUUUUAUUAACCUGGUUUACUCUGACCUUUCGCAUGYUAAGUGUACAGUAUGUAAACUCAGAUUCAUUUAGCAUAUGAGAUUGAGUCAACUUUCCGAUGUGGGAUUUACCAUCUCUUCGAUUUAGCAGUGCCUAUGGUAAAAAAAAAAAAUCUGUGCAGUAAUCAGAUAAUGCGAGGAGAGUACUGUGUAACGUUCAUUAUUUUAAUGCGUGUUCUUUCAGCCCAUAUUGGAGAGCCUCAUUUGGCUUGUUGUCUAAUGUACAAACCACACCGAAACAUAGAUUUUAUUUUCUCCCAAAAUAUUUUUUCAGAAUUUCUAACUGUUGUUUACAUUAGGACAUGUGUUCUGUCCAAGCUCAUAUGAGGGUCACAGUCUCUAGCUAUGUGCUGGAAUUCUAACUAGACUUGUUGACCUUUGGUUCACUUCACCAUAGCACCACCUGAGGAGUUUUAAACAAACACCUUACUCUGUACAGGGCUGACUGCAGCUGAGUCAACGUUAACUCUUAACUACCUUACUCUGUACAGGGCUGACUGCAGCUGAGUCAACCGUAACUCUUAAACUACCCUUACUUUG